UUAAAAGCGUCUGGCGAGCCUCUUACUGUACGGGAGACUGGGAAGUCGGUAUGUGCUUUUGGUAGCCUAGCCUGUGUAUUUUGGGGGGGCUUCCUCCCCGCGCCACCGCGCGCAGCCCUGCCUUGCUACCCUCUUUCCCGGUGCUUUCCCUCCUUCCGCGCUGGGACUCGAUGGAGCCGGAGCCUGAGUCGCAGAAGUUGUCACUGAUGGAAAAGGGAAGCAAGGAAUUGAAGAUGCCUUCAGACAAAGCCUCAUCUUCUCGACUGCCUGUCCUAGGCCUUGGUAGAAAGAGAAGGCUAGAUAAAGAGAAUGCUCCGGAACCUGAGAAGAAGCGGAUUCGAGGUACUGGAACAACUAUACCUAUGUCUUGUCUUAAGGAACCCACUGUGGCCACUAUUCCCAGGGCAAAAAAACAGGUAACAGCCCAGAAGGCUCCCCUGAAAUCUAGACCCUGGCAUACUCCAGCUGCCACCACAGAUGUGAAGAGCAGGAAGCCAAUAUCUACCAUCUCUGCACCCAAACCUGCAGUAUCAUCUACAACAGCAAGGAAGGGAGCUGACAAACGUCCAGCCUGGGAUGUGAAGGGACAGCUGUGUGACUUACGUAAGGAGUUCAGUGCCUGUCAGGUACAGGCUGAAGUUUUAACCAGGGAGAAUCUGGAACUAAGGAGCCAGCUUGGGCCAGCUGAACAAGCUGCCAGAACUCUGGAGGCUGAGAACAAAUCGCUGAUUAGGGAGCUGACUGAGGCUCAGGCCCAAACUAAGGAAGAUCAGCUGGAGCUGGUGAAGCUGGGUGCCCGGGUUCAGGAGCUAGAAGAAUUUCUUCGUACUCAGGAAAGCUUAAUUCAAUCAAUGCAAGAAAAGCAGUUACAAUUGCAAGAGGAUCGAAAGGACCUUGCCACUCGGCUAGAGAAUCAGGAGAAACAACUCCAAGAAUCAGUGGCAGCCCUGGCCAAGAGUCAGGCAGAGAUCACAGCCCAGGCAGCCUUGUUGGCUGAGAGGACAGAGAAUUUGCACUGUCUUGAGAUGGAGAGGCGGCAUCUGCUCAACCAGCUACAAGAGCUCAAGGGUAACAUCCGGGUCUUUUGCCGAGUCCGCCCUGUCCUACCUGGAGAGCCUGUACCACCUCCUGGCCUCAUCUCCUUUCCUCCUGGGCCUCGUGGAGCCUCUGAGCCUUCCACUCAACUCAGCCUUACUCGGCCAUCUGAUGACCGGUGUAGCAUCAUAGGAAAGCUCCCAAGUCCUCCUGUUCGCUAUGAUUUCUCCUUUGACCAAGUGUUCCUUCCAGACAGCAGACAGAAUGAGGUGUUUGAAGAAGUCUCCCUGCUUGUGCAAUCAGCCCUGGAUGGUUACCCUGUGUGCAUUUUUGCUUAUGGCCAGACAGGCAGUGGCAAGACAUUCACAAUGGAAGGAGGGCCAGGGGGAGACCCUCAGGUUGAAGGGCUGAUCCCACGAGCUGUAAGGCAUCUUUUUUCAGUAGCCAAGAAGCUGGAGGUCCAAGGCUGGAGCUAUACCUUUGUGGCUAGCUAUGUGGAGAUCUAUAAUGAAACCAUCAGGGACCUGUUGGUCCGUGUGGGUGGGCCUCAAAAGUGCCAAGGGGGUGAGUGUGAGAUUCGACUGGCUGGCCCUGGAAGUAAGGAUCUCAUUGUCACCAAUGCCCAAUAUGUCCCAGUUUCCUGUGAAGAGGAGGUGGAGUCUCUGCUUCAUCUGGCGCGGCAGAAUCGGGCAGUGGCUCGAACAACACAAAAUGAACAAUCAUCCCGAAGCCAUAGUGUAUUCCAGCUGCAGAUUUCAGGGAGGCACAUGGGGCAAAACUUACACUGUACAGCUCCUCUCAAUCUAGUGGACCUGGCUGGGAGUGAAAGACUGGACCCUGGUUUGUCCACUGGCCCUGCAGAUAGAGAAAGACUAAAGGAGACCCAGGCCAUCAACAGCAGCCUUUCUACUCUGGGUCUUGUCAUCAUGGCCCUGAGCAAUAAGGAGUCACAUGUGCCCUACCGGAACAGCAAGCUCACCUACCUGUUGCAGAAUUCUCUGAGGGGCAAUUCUAAAAUGUUGAUGUUUGUGAAUAUCUCCCCAUUGGAAGAAAACUUCUCAGAAUCCCUUAACUCACUGCGAUUUGCCUCCAAGGUAAACCAGUGUGUUAUUGGCACUGCCCGAGCCAACAAGAAAUAAGAGGGCCAGUCUUUAUGUCUUGUGUCUCUGGUUUUUAUGUCUGUACAGAAGGUGGUAUUUUAACGCAUAACCAUGAAUCGCAAAAUAAAUAUCUUCUCACAUGCUGUCUCAGUA